GUUGGACGUCCUUGGAUGAAGGUCGUUGCCGGGGACGUCGUCAGGGUCUGAGACGUGUUCCGUGGAAGGGGGACCUCCCUCACCCCGGUGUUUACACUGCAUGCAUCGCCCCGGCGGGAAGGGAGAGAGAAACUAACCCACAUGUUAGGACCGGGCGGGGACCAACCCGGCCACACAUACAGGCGCUGUCGAGCCACCAGACACCACGCAAGCUUGUCAUUCCACACUCGCACGCUCUGGGCUGUGGUAACGCCUCUACAUCAGUAGCACCUCACUUCUCAUCUUUACUCCAGCAACUCAAGACACAGUUCUACCACCAUGAGGAGAUUUGUGUCUUUCUUGGUGCUCCUGUGUGUGAUUGUCUCGUGCCUUGCCGACCCAAUAGCACUACUGAGGGAACGGAGGCAAAGCAGGCCGGAGAAACCGACCAGGAAGCCAGACGAAAAAGCGAAGAAGGGGAUAACCUUCAGUCCUGUCAACAACAUCAUCGUGGACAGGGAAAGUCUAUGUGGAAAGACCAAUGGCGAACUGGAAUCUCUGGUGACAAAGCUGACAGAGAAAGUUGACGGCCUGACACAGCGCAUGCAGAACCUGGAGCGGUCCAUGGUGUUCCAGUCCGAGUCCAACGUUCCCCAGUUCAACCCUGACGGGGAGCGGUUCUUCCCUGCGACCAGACAAGCCGUGCCGUUUUUCCCAGGUGGUAAUGUGAUAGAGGACAGGGACGGGGUACGCCGCCAGGUCAACUUUACCGCUCUUCCUCGCCAUAACAUCAACAAGGGCAUUACUGGCACAAGUGCAGCCCUGAAGCCGAAGGACUGUGGGGAGAUUCUGGCGUGCAGCCCAGGGAACCCUGGGACACCCAGCGGGAUCUACCGCAUCACCCCUGACGACCAGGACGACGGGUUUGACGUCUACUGUGACAUGGAGACAGACGGCGGCGGCUGGACGGUUUUCCAGAGGAGAAAGGAUGGUUCCGAGGACUUCAACCGGAAGUGGGACGACUACAAGAACGGUUUUGGGAACAUGACUGGGGAGUUCUGGUUGGGUCUGGAGAAGCUGUACCGCAUCACGCUGCCCAUCUGGUACCAGAUGCGCGUCGACCUGGAGGACGCCAUGGCUGACAAGGUGUUCACCAUGUACACGGCCAUGUCGGUGUCCCACCGGAGGACAGGAUACGCACUGUCUAUCGGAGACUGGUCCGGAAGGGGAGGUGACGGCAUGGGGAGUAGCCGCAGCAUGAAGUUCACCACUACCGACCGUGACAAUGACAAACUGAAGGACAAGAACUGCGCCGACCUGGCCAAGGGCGGCUUCUGGUACAAUGACUGCGGCGACUCCAACCCCAACGGCUACUACUACCUGGGGGAGUACGAGUCGGACUUCGAUGACGGGAUCUACUGGAACGGCUGGCACGGCCCCACCUACUCCCUCAAGUCUGUGGAGAUGAAGAUUCGAGCGCGUAGCUUCGGCCUGGACGGGUACACCUGCUAUGAGAGCUGGGAUUCCGACUUAAGGAAGUAAAAUGGGUCCUGGCGCAGGGCUCAUCAAGAAAGAUCAAUUUGAAAGUUAACACGACUAAGAAGAGUAUGUUCUGUCCCUUAUUAUGGACACUUAUGUUUGGGUUAUUGUAAAGAUUCAUGAAGUAAAACAGGUCCUGGCACAGGGCUCAUCAGGAAAGAUCAAAUAAAGUUAACACAACUAAGAAGGGUUUGUUUUGUCCGUUAUAUUCUAUGGACACUGUUUGGGUUAUUGUGUGAUAGGAUACUAUGUAUGUGACACAAGGGUAAAGAUUGGAUAGUAGAAAAGGGUAAAAUUUUUUGUGAAGCCUUGCAAAGACCGUCAAGGUUAUGGGACUUACUACUACUACUUGCAAAGAAAGGUUAUGUUUUUGAUUUCAGGAAGGCAAGACAUAGGGCCAGUAGGUUGGGGUUUUCCUUGUAGGUAGGAGUUUGUAAAAAGCAACUGUUUGGUCAGAUUAGGUGAUACUGUAUUGUGAGAGAACCAUUGGACUGUGUAUAAAUAUAAUGUUAACACAGGAAUGGGGUUGUACAGAGAAAAUUAUGGUGAAGAAAACCCUGACCAUAUGAUUUGAUCUACGGAAGUCCAUGUAGAAACAUUUAUGUUAUGAAAUCUAAAAGAAUAUCCACAUAUUUAUCAGUUUUAUACCUUAGUAGAAUAGGAAGACAUACACAUAAGAUACCAUUGUCUGCUAUAUAUGCUUAUUAAGAUUGUUACGGCCAAUUUUUAAGCAGCUUUUUGCAGACAAUUUUUUACUAGUUGACUUGUGUGUACUUUUGAUAAAACUAAUAAUCAUACAUUUUGUAACAAACAAUGCAACUGAGAGAACCUCUUAAUACAAGAGUCUCUUUUUUAUGUUUUAAAGUAUAUUCUCCUACAAUAUGAUUAUCAUACUAUUUACCGAUAGCACUUAUAUGACCUUCAAACAAAUAUGGUUUGAACAAUAUAUCAAAUUUCAUACUAUGUUGAUUUAAAGCUAAUAAUCUGGUUGCAAAUUUAGCUCUUGCAAGACAAAAGUUGUGCCUCUGUCUGAUUUUAUGCAUUCAAACAAUAUUCUACUCUAGAGGAAACCAUAUUCUAGAAGUUUAUGAUUCUUCAACAUACAAUACUAGCAUUUAUGAUACAUGUAUUUAGCCUACUCCCUGCUGCCUCACCCCAGAACCAAUAUAAAUUUGGUGCCAAAUGGCUACCUUAGCAGGCUGAAGUUUCAAGCUUACAUUGUAUCUUUCAGAGCACAUUGUAUCUUUCUGCAGCAUACAAUGUAUUACAAACUAUCCUCUUGAUUUAUAUAAAGUAUAUCAUAUCACACUUGUAUGUAUAAUUGUCUUAAC